AGCUGCGACUCACUUACAGCAAGAAAGACAGCUCUGUGAGACGCUGCAUACUUUAGAAACAACUGUUAAAACCUUUGGAAAUAUCCACCAGUAAGCAGGAAACCAUCUCAUCAUGUGUAGAGGACUUGAAUCGCUGCCUAUUACCUGCCUGGAGAGGGCAAAGGAGCUGAAAGCUUUGUUUGGAAGUUUACUACAGAAGUCAGAUCACAGCAUCACUGGCCAGUCAAAGAAAAAUGACAAACUGAGGUUAAAUGUCGACGAGCCUUUGAAAUGGAAGGAGUCGUUUGACAAACUGUUGUCCAGUCAAAAUGGACUGUGCCUGUUCAGAGCCUUCCUGGUCUCAGAGUUCAGUGAAGAAAACAUUGCCUUCUACUUGGCUUGUGAGGACUACCAGACAACUAAACCUUCAAAACUGGCCACCAAAGCCAAGAAAAUUUACGACGAGUUCAUCGGCUCUGAUGCGCCACGAGAGGUAAAUCUUGAUCAUGUGACCAAAGCCAUCACAAAGGAGAACAUGGAGCAUCCCAGACAGUCCUGUUUCGAACUGGCGCAAGCCAAAAUCUACAACCUGAUGGAGAAAGACUGCUACCCUCGCUUCCUUAAAUCCUCCAUAUACUUGGAGGUCAGCAGAAAGGCCAAGACAGCGUAACAAACUU